AUGACGCCGGCUCUCGACGCUGAGACGAAUGAGGUAGAGCCGGUGACGUCAGCUGGACAGGUGGAACAGCAGCAGAAGAAAGAAGCAGGCGGCGAAACUUACGCCGCGCCACGUCUGGCGACCACAGAAGGCGGUGAAGCCAAGUGCAACACUCCACUGUGCCGCCACAUGAAGGACUGGUUCGACGCGACGGUUGGCAGUCAGGCGGACCCGUGCAAGGAGCGGAACACGUUUGUAUGCCACGCGUCGGUCGCAUUCCCCAGCUUUGACCUCAGCCCACCCAAGCCUGUGGCGACCAUCGACGGAAACAGCGGAAACAGGGCAGGCGACGCAACCUUUCGAGAGAAACGCACAACCAGUGAAGCAGACGGCCUAGAACUCAUGAAGUCGUGUCUCGAGUACGCCUGGAACCCGGCAGACGGCGUGCAGGACGUGCUGUCUUUCUUGCAACUCUUCAACCUGGACCUGCGCCGCAUGGCGGACGAUCCCGCCGAGGAUCCGCUUCACCGCAUGAUGCAGCUUUCCUUCGACUACGGCGUCGGCGUACCGGUUUCCUUCUCACGGAAGUACGACGUCACUGCAGAAGCACCUGCUCUGUUCGCAGUAGAAAUCACAGUGAACCCUGAAGUGAAGGAAUUCGCCAGUGCCCUGCAAUCGCUGGAAGAGGACGACGUUGACGACUUCUACCAGUUCCUCCUCGCCCACUACGCUCUCGUGGACGACGCGAACGUGACGGAGCAGCUUAUGGACGCGGACGAACAAAGUGAGUCGCGCCUGCAGGUGGCGCGGCGGAUGAUCAACAUGGUCUAG